AUGGAGGUGAGACAGUGGAACGUGGUAGGAAACGGUCGGUCAGUCGGCACCGAUCCCGGUCGUGGCAGUUCCCAGUUGGCUGAACUGGAACGAUUAAAUACAUUUCUCAGGAACGAUUUCAAGGUGGGAAAGACAGGUUUCUGCUUUGGACCGCCUCAGCAAGACUUCCGAGGUCGUCUUCAAUGCGUUGAAAUCUGGUCCCAUUUCGCAGCCGUCAGUCCUGCAGAGCUUGAUAUGUGUUCAGUUGCCAUCAGUCAACACCCUUCUGUUGUCAGUCUUGACAUACUCCUCUAUCGACAGGAAGAGCUUUGUAUCUGGGACAGGCGUCUAAUCACGCCUUUCGAAAGGACUCACGAGAUUGCAUUAUCGACACUUGACUUCGUGGUUCUACCACCAUCAUGGUGUCAGGCCGGCUGCGAGUCCGCACCUACGAGUCUUGACGAUUUAUUAGGUAACUACGUGAGCUACCUGGAGCGCAGUUUGGCAGCAGUCUCUUCCUAA